CGUCCAGUCCAUUACUCCAUUCCUUCCAGUCCCGAUCUUCUUCUUGAUCCGUUUUUUUAUCAUGGUCGCUGAAGCUCCUACUCUCUGUGCUCUUGGUUGCGGUACCAUGGGUAUCGCAAUCCUCUCCGGAAUCCUCGACUCUCUCAAGGACACCACUUCGGCUGACGGUGCCAGCACGCCCGAUGGACACAAGGUCAACAAGCCCGCUCGUUUCUUGGCAUGUAUCAGAAGUGACAAGUCUCUGCAAAAGUUGGAGGAUUUGUUCGAGGGUGAGGUUGCUUGCAUGAAGAACAAGAACGUUGAGGCUGUGAAGCAAUCUGAUAUCAUCCUUCUCGGCUCAAAGCCGCAGAUGUGUAAGGAGAUUCUUACUGCUUCUGGAAUGCGGGAAGCCUUGGAGGGUAAGCUCUUAAUCUCGAUCUUGGCCGGUACUACACUCUCUCAGCUUCGUUCAUGGUGCCCGGAAUCCACUCACGUUGUCCGUGCCAUGCCCAACACUCCCUGCAAGAUCCGUCAGGGUAUGACUGUCUUGGUGUGUGAAGAGGAGAUUACUUCCGAUGAGCGCUCCUUGGUUCAGUGGAUGUUCUCCCAGAUCGGACGUGCCAUGUUUCUGGAGGAGAAGAACAUCGACGCAGCGACGGCGCUUUGUGGAUCCGGCCCAGCUUUCGCUGCUGUUUUCAUGGAGGCUUUGGCUGACGGUGGUGUCAUGAUGGGUUUAACUCGUGCGGCGGCCUUGGAGUUGGCGGCUCAGACGUGUCAGGGAACUGCCCGUAUGAUUUUGGACGGCCAACACCCUGCGCUCAUCAAGGACGCCGUGUCCACUCCUGGAGGAUGCACUAUCAGUGGUUUGUUGGCGUUGGAGGACGGAAAGAUCAGAUCUACUGUUGCUAGGACCAUCCAGGAUGCGACUGAGAGGGCAACUGCGUUGGGCAAGUUGAGCAGCAAAUAAGGAGCAAAACAAGACGAAUCGGUGUUGAGGAGUGAAUGAUAAGGUUG